UUUCCCAGCAUGCAACGUGAGACGCUUGAGUAAAGAUGGCGGAAGGAGGAGCGGCUGAUCUGGAUACUCAGAGAGGAGAGAUCACGGCACUCUUAAAAACACAGCUAAGGAAAGGGGACACUUGGUAUUUGGUCGAUAGUCACUGGUUCAAACAGUGGAAGAAAUAUGUGGGAUUUGAUAGUUGGGACAAGUACCAGAUGGGUGACCAGAACGUCUACCCAGGGCCAGUUGACAACUCUGGCCUUCUCAGAGAUGGGGAUGUGCUUGCCAUCAAAGAACACCUUAUCGAUGAGCUUGACUACAUCCUGGUCCCCACUGAGGGCUGGAAUAAACUCAUCAGCUGGUAUGGGCUGACGGAAGGUCAGAAGCCAAUAGAACGAAAGGUGGUGGAACAGGGUAUGUUCGUGAAGCACUGUAAGGUGGAAGUGUACCUUACAGAGCUUAAGCUGUGUGAAGACAGUAACAUGGACGAUGUGAUCACCAGACGCUUCAGUAAAGCUGACACAAUAGAUAUGAUUGAGAAAGAGAUGAGAAAGCUGUUCAGUAUCCCAGAUGAGAAGGAGACACGGCUCUGGAACAGGUACAUGAGCAACACAUUUGAGCCUCUCAACAAACCAGACAGCACCAUCCAGGACGCUGGGCUUUACCAAGGACAGGUUCUUGUCAUAGAGCAGAAAAAUGAAGAUGGCACGUGGCCACGAGGCUCAACAGCACCUAAGUCAUCUGGUGCUUCCAAUCUCUCUGCUUUGCCAAAGAUCUCGCCUUCAUCUCUCACAAACAAUCAUAACAGCAGCUUCAACAGCAGGAAUGUGAAAAACUCAAGCUACAGCCUCGCAUCCUACCCGUACAGCAACAGUUACAGUGACUACUCAGACCAGACCCGACAAAGUGAACGCUCUGGCCUCUGUGGGCUUUCGAACCUGGGCAACACCUGUUUCAUGAACUCUGCUGUGCAGUGUUUAAGCAAUAUCCAGCCCCUGACAGAAUACUUCCUCCGAGAUAAGUAUGUAGAUGAACUGAAUGAAGACAAUCCACUGGGCAUGAAGGGAGAGAUUGCACGCUCUUAUGCUGAGAUGAUCAAACAGCUGUGGUCAGGCAAAUACAGCUAUGUCACACCAAGGCCUUUCAAGACACAAGUGGGGCGCUUCGCUCCACAGUUUUCCGGCUACCAACAACAGGACUCUCAUGAGCUGCUGGCCUUUCUGCUUGAUGGUCUUCACGAAGACUUAAACCGGAUCAGAAAGAAGCCUUACAUACAACUUAAAGAUGCCAAUGGAAGACCUGAUAAGGUUGUUGCAGAGGAGGCGUGGGAAAACCACAUAAAAAGAAAUGACUCAAUCAUAGUGGACAUAUUUCAUGGACUUUUCAAAUCCACUUUGGUGUGUCCGGUUUGUUCGAAGGUCUCUGUCACCUUUGACCCCUUCUGCUACUUGACAUUGCCAUUACCUAUGAAAAAGGAGCGCACUAUAGAGGUUUAUCUGGUUAGACUGGACCCUCUGGCCAAACCCACACAGUAUAAGCUGACCGUGCCAAAAGUGGGAUACAUCUCUGACCUUUGUACCUCUCUUUCAACCUUGUCUGGAGUGCCUGCUGAAAAGAUGAUUGUAACUGAUAUCUACAACCAUCGCUUUCACCGCAUCUUUGCCACAAAUGAAAACCUAAGCAGUAUCAUGGAGAGAGAUGACAUCUAUGUGUUUGAAAUUGCAGUGAACCGGGUGGAAGACAUAGAUCAUGUGGUGAUCCCAGUGCACUUGAGGGAGAAGUAUAAGCAGUCAGGCUACAACCACACCAGCACGCCUUUGUUUGGACAGCCAUUCCUCCUCGCUGUCCCAAGAACGCUCAGCGAAGACAAGCUCUACAACAUGCUGCUCCUGCGUCUCUGCCGGUUUGUGCGAUCUUUGGUGGAGGAGGAAGAGGAGGAGGAAGACUGUGAAGAAACGCAAACAACACAAAAACAACAUACAGUCAACGGGAAUGCAACCAAUGCAACUAAUGGAGUGUUGGAAGAGGGCUCACCAAGUGAGAUGGAGACUGAUGAGCAGGAUGACGAGUCAAGCCAGGAUCAGGAGCUGCCCUCUGAAAAUGACAACAGCCAAUCAGAGGAUUCAGUGGCCGGAGACAAUGAAUUAGAGAAUGGGAUGGUUGGUCAACAGAACUCCACAAAGGGGCAGCAAACCUCUGGACACAACCAAAAGAGACUUUUUACAUUCCAGUUUAAUAACAUGGGCAAAACAGACUUCACUCUUAUAAAGGACGACACCAGGCAGAUACGAUUUGAUGAGGGCCAUCUUCGACUUAGCGAUCGAUCUUAUCUUUCCUUGGAUUGGGAACCAGAGAUGAAAAAGAAGUACUUUGAUGAGACUGCGGUUGAGGACUUUGACAAGCAUGAAAGCAUGGAGUACAAACCACAGAAAAAGGCUUUCUUCAAACUUAAGGACUGCAUUGAACUGUUUACCACAAAGGAGAAACUGGGAGCAGAUGACCCAUGGUAUUGUCCCAAUUGUAAACAGCACCAGCAAGCCACAAAAAAGCUGGAUCUCUGGUCUCUGCCUCCUGUGUUGGUGGUUCAUCUAAAGCGUUUUUCCUACAGCCGUUAUAUGAGGGACAAACUGGACUCUCUGGUCGACUUCCCGCUAAGAGAUUUGGACAUGUCUGAAUUCCUCAUAAACCCCAAUGCUGGACCUUGUGUCUAUGACCUCAUUGCUGUGUCCAACCACUAUGGAGGGAUGGGUGGAGGCCACUAUACUGCAUAUGCCAUGAACAAAGAUGAUGGAAAGUGGUACAACUUUGACGACAGCAGUGUGUCGCCCGCUAGUGAAGAUCAAAUAGUGUCCAAAGCAGGCUAUGUAUUGUUCUACCAGCGCCAGGACACAGUGAAAGGCACGGGGUACUUUGCUCUGGAUCGAGAAGAGGAGGAGGAAGAGGAGGAGGAAGAGGAGGGAGAGGAGGGAGAGGAGGAGGAUGCCAACAAUGCAGACUCUGAAGACUGUGCAGACCGACCACGGAAGAGCGUAUCCCCAUCUGCUCCUCAGGGAGCACUGUCCUCUGCUGCCACGGCACAGAGUGAUGAAGAAGACUUGAACGAGAACCACAAUAGCAGCAAUGACAAUGACCAGCAGGCGGAUGAUGAGGAAGAGGACGAAGAGGAGACGCCCAAUCGAGAUGUCAACAUGAAAAUCAACUGAGAGACUACAUACAUGGGAAGAGAGACUGGGCUCUUUCCAUCUAAAGCCAUAUGGACACAGCAUGGCAGCAGCGGGCGCCAUGGGGUCCCACGCCGCGGCCCGUGAUUAGCUGCUGUGGGGGCAGAGCCUCUGUGGGAUGAAUGCUGAUUGGUCAGGGUACAUAACACUAAUGAAUCAGGGCCCUCCUCUGUGGUUGGAUCACUGUGUGAAAUGUGUGAGUGUAAGGCCACGUCCAUUUGUUUAGGUUUUGCUUGCUCUGAACAGUCACUGAACAACACCAGGGAUAUUCUUACUAUUAUUAUUAUUUGAAGAUUUAUCAGAUUUAGUUUGGCUCUCAGAUGGGUUUGUUUUCAAUGUUUUAUAUGCAAGUUUGAGAGCAAUGACUUGUUAUAUCAUUUUAUUAUCAUUUAAAACAUGUAUAUAUUUUAAACACUGAAUCCUGAGGGGUUUUCAUGGUGGGCUAAGAUAUUUUGAACUUGCACAAUCGGCAACCAUCCAUGUUUUAUGUCUUUUUGCCUGUGAAACUGCAAUUAUUAAUAGACCUUGUCUUAGUGGAGUUCCUCAUUCACACUCGCACAACAGAAGCUUAGGACAUGCUUUUUAAUAAGCCAGUAAUAACAUGUUCCUGAGGCAAAAGCUUAAAUGGGCGCUAAAACUAUAUGACAAACAGCCAAAUUGUCUUAGCAUUGCACUGCUGCUGCUAUAAUUUUUUAGGUGCGUUAUAAUAAGUUAAGACCUUGCUUUUGCUGUUUUAAUUUAUACAGUAGUUUUCAUAGUUUCUUUGUUUGGCAUCCAGUAACUUUCCCACCCAUGUCCUUUUUGCACUCCCUAUCAUUUAUUUUAAAUUGAUUAUGAUACUAUUACAGUGUCCAUAGUCUUAACUAGCCUGACAGAAUCAUAAAACAUGCUAUUUGUUUAUGUUAUAAUAAUCUAGGAAAUAUCCUCUUGUUUUAUCUUGUAGUGCUGUUAAAGUUUCACCAUGGCUCUGCUCCCCUUCUCUUGUCCUUUUAGAGGCACUGUUGAGAUUAGGAACAUUGGUGACAAAUUGGGUUGGAUUGUCUCAUAUUUGUAUCACCUCCGCCUUAACUCUUAAUCUCAGAGCUGUCGUCUUUAGAAAACAUUUUUGCACAUCACUAUCAGGCUGUCUUUCCUGCAUGGCCCCUUCCUUUACACCAAACACCAGUGUAGGAAUGUCCAUAUAUGGUUUGUAUGACUUACUUGUUGCUUCGUCAUUGUUUUAUCCACAAGAGGGCCAGAAUGUAUCCUCAAUGAAACACUGACCCGUAAACCAUUGAUGUGGUUCAUGCCUUUGAAAUCUUGAAUGGCUCUUGCUGUUGUGUUUGAAUGUGGUGGGAACGUGCUCUUGCCUUUGAUAUUAGCUGUAUGAAUUAUUAGGUACUGCUGAAUGGGGUUAAAUGUACAAUGGUCCUGAGCUUUGAGGAGAUGGGGUUUUGGAGUGGGGUCGGUGAGCGGGGGUACUCUGGGGCGAGUCUGCUCAAAAGGCCCAGAGCUUUAGGGGCAUGAUACAGUUGAAAUAUUUAGUGACACUCCUCCAUCAGUGUGAGACACAUCUGUUGUCCAUGGGGGUUUGUGGCUUCAUUUUGCUCUAUUCAAGUUUAUCAUGCCUUAAUGAGCAUAUGUGCUUAUGAGCCUAUGUGCUUUCUGUCACCGCUGCCUUGCCUUUCGGGCGACUCGCUCCAUCUUGAGGAACAUGUGACUGCUACUAUAGGCUUAUACAAUAUUGUACAUAAGAGUUCACUCUGUGAGUGCACAUUUGAUAAAGUUUAUUUAUUUAUAUGUAAGCAUUUAAUAAUACAGUCAUAUUUAAACCUUCGACAAGACCUGAGACUUUGAGGGAAGUGUGGUUCAAGUCCACACACACAUACACACAUUGCCUGUGCUCUUGUCAGGGAGGUAAUAUUUUUAACAAAAUGGAUGCUUCUGUUGUUUUUGGACUUUUUUGUAAAAAAUCUCCAGACAUCCUUGUGCAUGACAUGACAUAGUGAGGUUGCCAGGUUCGGCUGCACUUGAGUUCACUUGGGUUUACAUUUGAGAUGUGCAUGUGUAUUUAUACACAAUCUUCAAUAAAGUUGUGUAACGCUUU